CGCAGCCGCAGUAGGAGGCGGCGGGGCAGGGCCUCGUUUGCGCUCGCGCAGAUUCCCAAGGGCGAGGCAACAGCCUUCCCUGCGCCGCGCGCGACGCCGCGGCUCGGCCCUGGUGGAGCGCGAGGGACGCUCCCUGGCGCGCACGCGCUGGGAGCCGGUGGUGCACGCGCGAGCCACCUUCGCUCUGUCCCGGGGGUGAGAGCGAGGCGCGCGUGCCCCGCGCGAGGGGAAGCCGUAGCGGCGCGCCCGGAGGGAAGCGGAGCGGGCGGCGGGGGCAUGUUCGUGGCGCGCAGCAUCGCGGCCGAUCACCGCGACCUCAUCCACGAUGUCUCCUUCGACUUCCACGGGCGGCGCAUGGCGACCUGCUCCAGCGACCAGAGCGUCAAGGUUUGGGACAAAAGUGAAAAUGGGGAUUGGCAUUGUACUGCCAGCUGGAAGACACACAGUGGGUCCGUGUGGCGUGUGACAUGGGCUCAUCCUGAGUUUGGACAGGUCCUGGCUUCCUGCUCUUUUGACAGAACUGCUGUAGUGUGGGAAGAGAUAGUGGGAGAGUCGAAUGAUAAACUUCGAGGGCAGAGUCACUGGGUAAAAAGGACCACUCUGGUAGACAGUAGGACAUCUGUUACAGAUGUGAAGUUUGCUCCCAAGCAUAUGGGUCUUAUGUUAGCAACCUGUUCGGCAGAUGGAGUAGUGAGGAUAUAUGAAGCUCCAGAUGUUAUGAAUCUCAGUCAGUGGUCACUGCAGCAUGAAAUCUCAUGUAAGCUAAGCUGCAGUUGCAUUUCUUGGAAUCCAUCAAGCUCUCGAGCUCAUUCUCCGAUGAUAGCUGUAGGAAGUGAUGACAACAGUCCAAAUAUACUGGCUAAGGUUCAGAUUUAUGAAUACAAUGAAAACACCAGGAAGUAUGCAAAAGCAGAAACUCUUAUGACAGUCACUGAUCCUGUACAUGAUAUUGCAUUUGCUCCAAACCUGGGAAGAUCCUUCCAUAUUUUAGCUGUAGCUACCAAAGAUGUACGAAUUUUCACACUGAAACCUCUAAGGAAAGAAUUGACUUCUUCUGGAGGACUAACAAAAUUUGAAAUUCAGAUAGUAGCUCAGUUUGAUAAUCACAAUUCCCAGGUCUGGCGAGUGAGUUGGAACAUUACAGGCACAGUGCUUGCAUCAUCUGGUGAUGAUGGCUGUGUUAGACUAUGGAAAGCUAAUUACAUGGACAACUGGAAGUGUACUGGUAUACUGAAAGGUAACGGGAGUCCAGUCAAUGGUAGUGCUCAGCAGGGAAUGUUUAAUGCUUCUCUAGGUUCAGCCAAUACAAGCCUACAGAAUUCAUUAAAUGGAUCAGCUGUUGGCAGGUGGCCUGGCUCCACAACCCAAGCCUUGGCUCCCGCGAUGUUGUCCAGGAGGCCCAGCUCAGAAGCUCCUUCCCUUGUGUGUACGAGGGAAGGGGGAAGCUUGUAGCCGGCUUCAGCGGGUUAUCUCCCUGAUUUCCCAAGUGUCGGCUGCUACUCUGCUAUCCUGGCAGCCCAGCUGGCCAGCCUAUGCUUCUGGCUCCUCAUUCUCUUGGCUGUAAGCUGAACUCCAGCUCUGGCCCUCAAUGGAACAGUGCAGGGAUCAUGCACUAUAAUCUAAUUAACUCUCCUUUGUGGGGAAAGCUAGAGAGCCAAGAGGCAGCUGCAGACCAAAUCCCAGGAGGACAGGAAGACAAAAGUCAGCUGGUUGCAGCAAAAAUGUUGAACUCGAUAUCAUCUUGCAAAAAUGCUGUAUUCUACAGCUGUGGAAUUGUAGACUCCACAGGGCCCUGACUGUGAUGGAUGGGACAGUUUACACCUCUUAGAGCUAUUGUUUCAGGCUCUCAGCAGACUCAGGCAGCCACCACUUCAUUGAUGUAUGUUUCCAAGGUUAUCUCCACAAUUCUAAGGACUAGAAACAUACUUUAAAAAAAAAAAGAGAGAAAUGUAAGAUUCUUGUUCACAAUUCUGCAGCUGGGGUGAAUUCCACUGUGAAGUCUACGGCCAUGGAAUCUCUGACUAUACUGGGUCCUGUCCUUUAUGAUAGAGCCUUACUGUGUGAGAAAGUAUUUAUCUACCUAUUUUGCUUUGUGAUUACAUUGGGUUGAAAAUUAGUGUAAAAGUCAUAGCUAUAAUGUGCUUUAGUGGAUUUUAAGUUUAAAACAAAGCAUAUAUUAACUACUGACCAAAUUGGAUUGGACUACCAUUAGAUUGCUUUUAGGCUGUCUCUAGGCCCUGAUUUUCAAUGCAUUGUACAUUUAAGCAGCUAAGGGACAGUUAAACUAUAAUAAGAUUUCAAUCUUUGGAAAAUCAAAUUUAUCAGAAUAAGUGCAUCAUACCACUUAUGUUUUCCAAAUUGUGGGUUAGUGAUAAAAAUAGUUUUGGAAUAAUUGAAACAUGAAAAUAAAUAACUAGAAACACUCAGUAGUGCUGUGUUCUUAUUGUGCUGAUAACCACGUGUGCCUAGAAUUGUGAUGCAUUUUCCCUUCUCCAUUUGUAUUAUGUCCUUUUUAACAGAAAACAGAGCUGAUAUCAACCUAACUGGAGUAACUUUGCUGUUUUGCUGCUUGUUGCAUGCACACAGGAAUGGAAAGAGAACUUCUUUUUCCCCUCCCCAACGCCGUUUGACCUCUCCCAAGACACCAGCAGCUUGAUAACUACUAAACGCAAUUCAAAAGGCCUUUUAAAAAAUACACUGUUUAACUUUUUGUACUAGCCAUUGCAGUUUGACACUGUUUGAACUUCUGAAAGAAAGAUAACUGGAGAGGGUUCUUGUUGAGACAGAUUUCCACCAAAAUAGGUUCUCUUCCUCCCCCCCAGAAAGCUCAUGAAACUAAUGGACUAGUAUAUUGGUUAAGAGGAUUCGUUGUCCUUAGCUGGGGUUUGAGGAGGGAAAUGACUGCUUAAUGACCAUUAAAGUCCGUUAAUUUUCAUUAAAAUUGUUUUGAGUGUUGAUUUGUUUUCCAUUUUGUAAUGUUCAAAUAUAUAAUUGAUUCCUAAACAUUACAGCUUUGUAAUUACUUCGUAAUAUACUGAAACUGUUAAUCUUAAAGGAAUAAGAGAACAGUGUGUGAUUUGACAACUGUUCAGAUAAUAGCUUAACUUAGUGUGGUGUUACAAAACAUUUCUUUGAAAUGAAGCAAGUGCUGUCAUUCUUUCUUCAGGCUCACUAAAAAUACUUUUUUCUGAUACGUGCUUGUAUGUUCCUGUGGUGUAAUUCCACAGAGUAGUUAUGAUUAUCUCUGAGCACAACAUUCUGGAAUUUACAGUAAUCUAGAAGACACACAAAUUCAGAUUAACAUGCAUUUUUAAAUAUGGAUUGUCCCAGGAUUUUAUUAAUUACUUGGCCAUGCCAUUCUGUAAAUAUUCUCAGAGCAAAAAAUAAGACAGAUAAUGUCUACAAAUAUUUUAAUAGUUCUCUAAAAUGCAUAAAUGUUACGGGUAAGUCAUAAUAGAAGUUGGCAAAACAAUUAUAUGAAAUGGCAUACUCUGAGCAUUGUGUUGAUCAGAAAUCUUAAACUUGUUCUGAGGUUUCUGCAGAAAUAUGUAAAUACAUACAAAGAUUGUAUUUAAUUGAAAAGAGUAGUUCUUCCUUGUAAAUGUAUAUUGUGAUAUCUAAGUAUUAUAAAAAGAAUCUCAUGUUUUUACAUCUGUUCUAGACACUUGCAGUAAAAUUGAUCUGAGUUGGAUGCAAAUGCAGCAUAUGUACUUGCAUAAUAUUUAAUGUCUGGUGUUGCAAAUGAAAUAUUAUUAAAGUCUGUUAAUAAGUUGCAUGAAAUUCUAGGAGAACUGUGUGCAUCAAAGAUGUUGAUAGCUGUGUUAGAAAAUCCUUUUAAUUUACAAAGUAACUUGUUUCUUUGUAAAAUGCAUAUUAGGAAUGUAUUUACAAUCUUCUUUUUUAUGAGGCUUUCAGUGGAAAAGAGUAUACUUCUUUUCCUUAAAGAACAGUUUCCAGACUUGUUCAAUCAAUCUUGUUUUGAAUGAGGGCCUUGAUUUCUGUUGUUAUGUUUCAUUGGUUUUGGCAUGGAUAUACUGAAGCUUUUUUUUUUUUUUCCAGCAUGUCUUUUCUCCCCUUUGGUUCUCCUUGUAUUUACUACUUUUCUCUUUUUUUUCUUCUGUUUCUUUUUUGUUUUUUGUUUUGGUGUUUUGUUCCUGUCUCAAUUGUUUCAGGUAUUUCUUUCCCCCUCUGGAUUCCCCACGGGCUGGAUCGAGAUGGUCCAGUUAUGCCCAGCUCCUACCACCUCCUCUGAUAGAGCACUCUUGCGAUGCUGACACUGCCAACCUCCAGUAUCCUCACCCAAGCAGACGAUAUAUCUCUCAGCCUCUUAACCUUUUACCUGAGAACGAAGGGGUUUAAUAUACAUAUUUAAAAUAAAUCCUAAAGGGCCUUAUUCAGAUGCUUAUAAAUGCUUCAGUUUUUGGCUGCUUUCAUUUUUCACUUUUCCUCCAAAAGAUUUUCAAAAAUCAGAGCUUUCUUGCAUGUUUUGCAAACACCACGGUAUUUGGAACCUAAUGUUUGUGCUUGUGCAUCAAAGGGAUAUUAGCUCUGUUGUUUUGUACCCUUUGAUGAACUAUGACUACACACAAGCAGCAUUAACUGUGAGCUAUAUGUGUGUGUAUAUAUAUAGAGAGAGAGCGAGCGAGAGUAGCUGACUUUAAAGUGCCUAUCUAAUAGUUGAGGGGUUUUUGUACUCUGUUUAUUGUGGUGGUGAGUUUGUUAUAAAAUAUAUCACAUUGAUAAAUGUGUCAUCGAAGUUCAACAUGCCCUCAAGAAACUGUUCUAGUGUUUUAAAAGAUAAUUGGAAUUGACAUCUAAAACAAAAGAAAAUAUUCCUGUAUAUACUACAAUAGAAGUUUAAUUAGGCGUGUGUGUGUUCACUUAGAAUUUUCAACCUCAUUGCAUAAAAUAAAUUUUUAAAAUUUUAUAAUUAGGUAGAUCAAUUAAACUUAUUUUAAAAGCUU